CCAAGCUCCAUACCGCUGCCUACAUCUCUGGUUAGUAGCCACCAAGGUCCAAGGAGUAACACGCUCCGUGAGAGACCGAAAUCCAGGGAGCACAAAUUGCACAUUUGCACCAAGCACACUCGCUGCAGCUGCAGUGACAUGCCGGAAGCACCGACCGCCAAGACAGCACCGGCCUACGGCUACGCCCCCGGGGCGCACGCCGAGGCGCUCGAGUUCAUCGAGCACGUCACGGCGAACGCCGGGCAGGUGCAGCGGCGCGUGCUCGGCGAGAUCCUGGCGCAGAACGCGCCGGCCGAGUACCUGCGCCGGUACGGAAUCCCCGGGUCCCCCGACGUUGUCGACGCCUUCCGCCGCCUCGUCCCGCUCGUCACAUACGAGGGCCUCCAGCCAGACAUCCUCCGCAUCGCCAACGGCGACACCUCGCCGAUCUUCUCCGGGAAGCCUAUCUCCGAAUUCCUCACGAGCUCGGGCACGUCGGGAGGGGAGAGGAAGCUCAUGCCGACCAUCGCCGACGAGAUGAACAGGCGGUCGCUGCUGUACAGCCUGCUGAUGCCGGUGAUGAGCCAGUCGGUGUCCGGGCUCGACAAAGGCAAGGCGAUGUACCUGCUCUUCGUGAAGGCGGAGUCGCGCACGCCGGGCGGGCUCGCGGCGCGGCCGGUGCUCACAAGCUACUACCGGAGCCGGCAGUUCCUCGACCGUCCGCGCGACCCCUACACAUCUUACACGAGCCCCGACGAGGCCAUCCUGUGCGUGGACUCCUACCAGAGCAUGUACGCGCAGCUGCUCUGCGGCCUCGUCCACCGCGCCGACGUGCUGCGCGUGGGCGCCGUGUUCGCCUCCGGCUUCCUCCGCGCCAUCCAUUUCCUCGAGAAGCACUGGGCGCGCCUCUGCCACGACAUCCGCACCGGCGAGCUCGACCCGGAGAUCACCGACCGCGUGGUGCGCGACGCCGUCGGGCGGGUGCUCCGCGCCGACCCGGCGCUCGCCGACGCGAUCGAGGACGAGUGCGCUAGGGCGUCGUGGGAGGGCAUCAUCCGGCGCCUGUGGCCACGCACCAAGUACAUCGACGUGAUCGUGACCGGCACCAUGUCGCAGUACAUCCCGACGCUCGAGUUCUACGGCGGCGGCCUGCCGCUGACGUGCACCAUGUACGCCUCUUCGGAGUGCUACUUCGGCCUCAACCUGAAUCCCAUGUGCAAGCCCAGCGACGUCGCCUACACGCUCAUCCCCACCAUGUGCUACUACGAGUUCCUCCCCGUCAAUUGCAACAAUGCCACUGCCGAGGCGAGCCACCGCGACCUCGUCGACCUGGUCGACGUAAAGCUCGGGCACGAGUACGAGCUCGUGGUCACCACGUAUUCCGGGUUGUAUCGUUAUCGCGUGGGCGACGUGCUGAGGGUGGCGGGGUUCAAGAACAAGGCCCCGAUGUUCAGCUUCGUGCGGCGGCAGAACGUGGCGCUGAGCGUCGACUCGGACAAGACGGACGAGACGGAGCUGCACGCGGCGGUGAGCGGCGCGGUGCAGCACCUGGCGCCGUUCGGCGCGUCGCUGGUGGAGUACACGAGCUACGCGGACGCGGCCACCAUCCCGGGCCACUACGUGCUGUUCUGGGAGCUGCGCGCCGGCAGCACGGCGGUGCCGGCGUCCGUGUUCGAGGAGUGCUGCCUGUCCGUGGAGGAGGCACUGAACAGCGUCUACCGGCAGGGCCGCGCGUGCGACAGGUCCAUCGGCCCGCUCGAGAUACGCGUCGUGGCGGAGGGCACCUUCGACAAGCUCAUGGACUACGCGAUCAGCCGGGGCGCGUCCAUCAACCAGUACAAGGCGCCGCGGUGCGUGCGCCCUGGCCCGGUCGUCGAGCUGCUCGACGCGAGGGUGCAGGGCAAGUACUUCAGUCCCAAGUGCCCCAAGUGGAGCCCCGGGAACAAGCAAUGGAACAAAAGCAAGGAUCUGGUCGGCAAGGGAGACGCCUAAUAUUGAAGCUAGAGGGUGAUGAUCUGAUCGAGUAUUUGUGUGAGCUGGUAAUUAAUUAACGGUACAUGCAUAUGGUCAUUGGUCGAUAUGUUUCUUUAGGGAUAUGAUAAUUCAUGUUUGAAUUAUCUCUGAUGCUGCGAGAGGAUCGAAUAGUUAUGAGAUGACGACUUAGCCUAUAUGAUCAUUUGCUUUACUCUUUCUCUGCUGUAACGCAGUAUAUGUUAUUUCCUCCGUCUCAAAAUAUAAGCAUUUUUAGUACAUUGAUAAAUUAAACAUUUUUAAAUUUGACUAUUAAUAGCAAGAAAAAUAAAAAAUCAAUCAUGUAAAAUUGAUAUUCCUAGAUUUAUCAUUAAAAACACUAUCAUAAUAUGCAACUUUUUUUAUUUAAAAUAUUUUAUUUUUAUAUAUAUUGUUGGUUAAAGUAGCAUCUUGGAUAUCGUGUCAGGGUUUAAAAUGAUUAUAUUUUAGGACGGAGGGAGUAAUUAGUAGCCGUAUUGAAUAGACUUUUCUACUCAAAGAUAUGUCUCUCAAAUUUAUGCACAUCGCACGGUGUGCAUGCAGUGCCGAGAAUUUAUUACUUGUCAAAAUUGUUGGACUACUGCUACUGAUGAUAAAUAACUUGUCAAAAUGAUAAACUACAUCAAAUACUACUAUAGUAGUAUAUUAUAAUCUUCCUUUAUACUAGUAUAUGCUAUCUCAUGAUGGUUGACAUUAA